UCCACUAAUGUGGGCGUUUCCGCAUUCCAUGCAGUGCUGUCAGCAGAACGUGAAACUGCAGACAGUCGCGUCUCCCAAGAUAAUUCACCCCCAGGGACCAGCGGUCUCCAGCCAAGGACACAGGAUGCCGUAUAUACUCAUCAGUACUCAAAUUCGACUGGAGACCGGUCCAACAAAUGUCGGAGACGAGGACUCAGACCCUGCUGUCAUGAAUUACCUGGGAGCCAGGAAAAUGACCAUGUUGGGGAACAAUUUUUCGGAGUACCACGUGGACGAGCCCCCCCGCAUGGUCCUCAACAAGCUGGAGCAGAUCGGCUUCCGCGUGCUCACCAUGACCGGAGUGGGACAAACCCUGGUGUGGUGCCUGCACCGAGACGCAGAGUAGCACCCCCCCCCCCCCCCCCCCCCCAGAUAUCCGUCCUUGCUAGCUUCUUCACCAGCAUUUCCCAAACCUUCCACCCUAAACAUAUAUAUAUAUAUAUGUGUAUUUCUAUAAUUUACACAAACAUAUUGAUGUGUGUAAAUACGUGUCAAGAGCUAUUCCGUCCAUACAGAAACACAAGGCCUGUGUUUUCAGAUUAAUCUACGUUAUCCAAAAGCUCAGUUGGAUUUGGAAAACAGUGAAAAAACAAGCUUUUUUCUUUACAAUCGGCCGAGGUAGUGUGGACAUGGCCUAAAUACAUAGUCCAGUGGGAAUUGUGUCAGAAAAUUGGCUGUUACUAAAUUCCGAUACAAACAUCAGCGAGUCAUGGCCACCGAGUUGGCCAGCAGAAAGGUUGGCUGCAAUAAUAACAGUUCCUGACACCUUACAUAAUUAUUACACAGGCACAUUGCAAACAGCUGUUGCAAAUGAUCACCACGCUCGCCUGCUUCUCUCCUCAAAACAAAUGCAGAGUUGACGGAGGUGACGAGGAUCAUGGGAAAUACAGUUCCCGGAAUCACUAGCUUACCCAAAACUCCUGGCAGGGACUUUUAAAAUGUCAUCUUUGGAUUUCCUUUCUGUUUUUAUAUCCUGUCUUCAUUUCAUAAAAUGGAUGAAAACUGGUAGAAAUGUGGAAGAUUAAUUUCCUGGACAGAAGAUUAUAAUAAGAUUAUAUGUUGCUUACAGGAAAGAGUGUGUGCAGAACCUUGAAUUCCAUUUAUUAGCCAUUUAUAGGCUGUAUCUUCCAACAGCAUUGCUGCUUUCAGUGUUGUAUAUUUUAUAUAGACAGAUGACAAUAUCUGCAAACAUUAUUAUUAUAUAAAUGCUAUGCAAAUAAGUAUAAUUUUUUGCAUUGCAUUGUCCUUAAAUAUUUGAAUGCGUUACCUAUGGUUUGUUCAGAUUUAGAAAAUGUAUUACAUAUGUGCUGGAAUAAAGCAAUGUAACACUGUUAAGAA